UCUUCUCACUUUAGUCUCUUAAGCAGCUCAGCGUCAGCGUAGUCUGAAGAAAGCACUGCCUUUGUCUUUUCUGAUUGCAUAAUAAUCUGUUUGAGCUGAAAGAAAGCUCACCGUUCCAUAUACAGUUGGUCUUUUGCAGGCAUAAUUUGCAACCCCAUUGAAGUAUUCCAUUGAUAUUGAAGGAAUUUGGACGGCUGUAAGUUAAUCUGAUGGGAAAAGCAUCCAGGGACAAGAGGGAUAUUUACUACCGGAAAGCAAAGGAAGAAGGGUGGCGUGCACGAAGUGCCUUCAAGCUCCUUCAGAUAGAUGAGGAGUUUAAUAUCUUUGAAGGUGUGAAGCACGUUGUGGAUUUGUGUGCUGCUCCAGGCAGCUGGAGUCAGGUUUUAAGCCGGAAGUUAUAUCUCCCAGCAAAGCUGUCACCGGGUACCAAGGACAAUGAUCCACCACUUAUCGUGGCUAUUGACUUACAGCCUAUGGCUCCGAUUGAAGGUGUUAUUCAAGUACAGGGUGAUAUAACAAAUGCUAAAACCGCUGAAGUGGUUAUUAGACAUUUUGAUGGAUGCAAGGCUGACCUUGUUGUCUGUGAUGGUGCACCUGAUGUAACGGGACUUCAUGACAUGGAUGAAUUUGUUCAAUCCCAACUGAUAUUGGCGGGCCUAACCAUAGUCACUCACAUACUAAAAGAAGGCGGAAAGUUCAUAGCAAAAAUUUUUCGAGGAAAAGACACAAGUCUCCUUUACUGUCAACUAAAACUAUUUUUCACGGAAGUGACUUUUGCUAAGCCAAAAAGUAGUCGCAAUUCUAGCAUAGAGGCAUUUGCAGUUUGUGAAAACUACUCUCCACCAGAAGGAUUCAAUGAGAAAGACCUACAUCGCCUUCUUGAACAAGUUGGAAGUCCAUCAGGCACUGAGGACCUAGAUUGCAGUAGUGGAUGGCUUGAAGGUCCUAAUAAGGUGUAUAUCCCAUUUCUGGCUUGUGGAGACCUGAGUGGAUAUGAUUCAGAUCGUUCAUAUCCGCUUCCUAAAUCUGCAGAUGGAACCUAUCAAUGUUUAGACCCUGUACAACCUCCGAUUGCACCACCGUAUAAACGAGCUCUUGAAAUGAAAAAAGCUUCAAGUCAAGGAAUCCAUAAUCUAGACAAGCUUUCUCUUGGCCCCUGAGCAAGAACAGUUCUCUUCUACGACGUCUUCAAUUGUUGCAGUUAUAUGUCACCAAAUGUAAGGGCUCCUUGUUAGCUGCUCUUGCAAUUUGAUAAAUUGAAUGUGUUUUAUUAGACUUCAGAGAGUUAAGAACCAAAUGAGAGACAUAUACUUGUGUUCCCCACUGCGGGAUGUACGGUUUGAGUCCUUGCCUGUGAACCAAGCUUGAUAUUCAAGUAGAGAAGGGUAGAUGAACAACACUGAUGCUUUCUUUUAAAAUAAUGAAAACGUAUUUGUGUGGUAA